GCUCCGCUCCGGCCGCCACCCCAGCGCCAGCGGGCAGAGAAAGGGGCGGCAGGGACACCCCCCCCAGCAGAGGCGGGGCCAGGCGGCCAGGGCUUGGCACCCGCCCUGCCCAGCCCCUCCCCGGGCGCGCUGCAGAGGGGGCGGCUGCAAACUUUUAGCUGCAGCUGGGCUCAGCAGCAGCAGCGGGAGGAAGAGGAGGAGGAGCCCCCGGUGCCUGCCCACCCUCCCCCAGCGGGCAUCUGCCAUCGGGCCAUGCUGUGAGCCAGGGACCCCCGCCCUCCCAGCGCUUCCCUGGUGCCCGGGGCGCGCGCGCGCUUUCCGCCCGGGGGGGCCGGGGCCGGGGCUGCGAUGAGGCGCCGGGAAACUCCUCCAGGGCACGGCGGGGGCGUUAGAGGAGGAGGCGGAGGAGGAGAAGAGGCGUAGCCCCCCCUCAAGCCUCAUGCACACACCCCCAUAGACACACGCACACACACACACACGCACACACACACACGAGCUGGGGUGUGCGUGCGUGCGUGUGUGUGUGUGUGUGUGUGUGUGUGCGUGUGUGCCCCUCCCCGCCCCCCCAUGGUUUUGCCCCGGCUGUGGGCGAGCUGCAGACGCGCCCCCCCUCCCCGCCGGCGCGCCGCUGCCGGCCCCCCCGAGCUGCCUCUGCUCUAGGAUGCUGCGGCAGGUUUUGCACAGGGGGCUGAGGACGUCUUUUUCCCGGCUCGGCCACUUCGUCGCCAGUCACCCGGUGUUCUUCGCCUCCGCCCCCGUGCUCAUCUCCAUCCUGCUGGGCGCCAGCUUCAGCCGCUACCACAUCGAGGAGAGCGUGGAGUCGCUCCUGGCCCCCAAGCACAGCCUGGCCAAGAUCGAGAGGAACCUGGUGAACAGCCUCUUCCCCGUGAACCGCUCCAAGCACCGGCUCUACUCCGACCUGCAGACCCCUGGCCGGUACGGCAGGGUCAUCAUCACCUCCUUCCGCAAGGCCAACAUGCUGGACCAGCAUCACACCGAGCUCAUCUUGAAGUUGCACUCUGCUGUGACCAGGAUCCAAGUACAAAGACCUGGUUUCAAUUACACAUUUGCCCAUAUAUGUAUCCUGAAUAACGACAAGACUUGCAUAGUGGAUGACAUAGUGCACGUAUUGGAGGAACUGAAGACCGCUCGUUCUUCUAAUCGAACAAAUUUUGCUAUCACGUAUCCAAUCACUCACUUAAAGGAUGGCAGGGAAGUGUAUAAUGGGCACCAGCUUGGUGGAGUUACUGUGCACAGCAAAGAUCGGGUGAAGUCUGCAGAAGCCAUUCAGCUCACCUACUACUUGCAGGCAAUCAACUCCCUGAAUGACAUGGUAGCAGAAAAGUGGGAAUCCAUUUUUUGCAACACUGUUGAACUUUUCCAGAAGUCUAACAGGAAAGUCAAAAUGUAUCCCUUCACUUCUUCUUCACUGAAAGAGGAUUUCCAGAAGACUAGCAGGGUGUCAGAACGUUACCUGAUCACAAGUCUAGUACUUGUGGUCAGCUUGGCUAUACUCUGCUGCUCCAUGCAGGAUUGUGUCCGUAGCAAACCUUGGCUUGGUCUCCUAGGCUUGUUAACAAUAAGCCUAGCCACUCUGACUGCAGCUGGAAUCAUUAAUCUAACUGGUGGGAAAUACAAUUCCACGUUCCUGGGAAUUCCCUUCAUCAUGUUAGGUCAUGGGUUAUAUGGGACUUUUGAAAUGUUAUCCUCCUGGAGGAAAACCAGAGAAGACCAACAUGUUAAAGAGAGAACUGCAGCUGUGUUUGCAGACUCCAUGCUCUCCUUUUCUCUCACCACUGCCAUGUACCUGGUCACUUUUGGAAUAGGUGCCAGUCCCUUCACUAACAUUGAAGCAGCCAGGAUUUUCUGCUGCAAUUCCUGUAUUGCAAUUUUCUUCAACUACCUCUAUGUACUCUCCUUUUAUGGUUCCAGCCUGGUGUUUACUGGCUACAUAGAAAACAACUACCAGCAUAGUAUCUUCUGCAGAAAGGUACCAAAGCCAGAGGUAUUGCAAGAGAAGCCUGCGUGGUAUAGGUUUCUUCUGACAGCCAAAUUCAGUGAGGACACAACAGAUUCAGAGGAAACAAACACUUACGAAAGUCAUCUAUUGGUAUGUUUCCUAAAACGCUAUUACUGUGACUGGAUAACAAACACUUAUGUCAAGCCUUUUGUAGUUCUCUUUUACCUUGUUUAUAUUUCCUUUGCCUUAAUGGGCUACCUGCAGGUCAAUGAAGGGUCAGACCUUAGUAACAUUGUAGCAACUGCAACUCGAACCAUUGAGUAUACUACUGCCCAGCAAAAGUAUUUCAGUAACUACAGCCCAGUCAUUGGGUUUUAUAUCUAUGAGUCAAUAGAAUACUGGAACACAAGUGUUCAAGAAGACGUGCUAGAGUAUACCAAGGGGUUUGUGAGAAUAUCCUGGUUUGAGAGCUACUUAAAUUAUCUUAGGAAACUCAACAUAUCUACUGGAUUGCCCAAAAAGAAUUUUACUGAUAUGUUGAGGAACUCUUUCCUGAAAGCCCCCCAGUUUGCCCAUUUUUCAGAGGAUAUCAUCUUUUCCAAGAAAUAUAAUAAUGAAGUCGAUGUAGUGGCUUCCAGGAUGUUCUUGGUGGCCAAGACGAUGGAAACCAAGAGAGAAGAACUUUAUGAUCUCCUGGAAACCUUGAGGAAGCUCUCUCUCACCUCCAAGGUGAAAUUCAUCGUUUUCAAUCCAUCAUUUGUGUACAUGGAUCGUUAUGCCUCCUCAGUGGGAGCCCCCUUACAAAACUCCUGCAUCAGUGCUUUAUUUCUGCUCUUCUUCUCUGCAUUCCUGGUGGCAGACUCUCUGAUCAAUGUCUGGCUCACUCUAACUGUUGCCUCAGUCGAAUUUGGAGUUAUAGGUUUUAUGACCUUGUGGAAAGUGGAACUGGAUUGUAUUUCUGUGUUGUGCUUAAUUUAUGGAAUUAAUUAUACAAUUGACAACUGUGCUCCACUGUUAUCAACUUUUGUCCUGGGCAAAGAUUUCACAAGAACUAAAUGGGUAAAAAAUGCCCUUGAAAUUCACGGGGUAGCUAUUUUACAGAGCUACCUCUGUUAUAUUGUUGGUCUGAUUCCUCUUGCAGCUGUGCCUUCAAAUCUGACCCGUACACUGUUCAGGUGCUUGUUUUUAAUAGCAUUAGUCACCUUCUUUCACUGCUUUGCCAUUUUACCUGUGAUACUGACUUUUGUGCCACCAUCCAAGAAAAAAAGGAAAGAGAAGAAGAAUCCUGAAAAUCGUGAGGAAAUAGAGUGUGUUGAAAUGGUGGAUAUGGAUAGUACCCGAGUGGUUGACCAAAUUACAACAGUCUGACUUGUUUAUUGCUUUUUCACACUAGGUCUUAUUGUCAGAAAAAUAAUUCAUAUUGAUUAAAUAUUAGGUUUUUCUUAGUUUUUAUUGCCCCUAAACUGAAACCAAGAAUAUCCAAAAUGGUGGGAGAAAGAAGAAAAAGAAAAUUGUCCCUGGAUUGGUCUCUGCAACAGAAACAUUGUAAAUGAGAAAAUUUCUUUGCAAACCAUGCAAAGAGUGUGAAUUUUAGUCACUUGAGAUAAGAUUCAUUAAGGAAGAUGGGUUGCUAAACGCGGUGUGUUGCCUUGUCUAUACUGGAGAUACUGCUAUUAUUGUUGCUGAGUUCAAUCAAAUUGAAAGGUCAACUGUCAAGGCUGAAGUAGCGUUAAGUGUUCAUCCAGAUGUAAAGGCUUUAUAAACUUUCUGCACAGCAAUAACUCAAGUUAGUGAGUCAGCUCCUAUAGGUCUUAACCAUCACAUUUCUGUUCUUUUAUUCCCCCUCCCCCCGCCGUACACAUUUAUGCAGGUUUGUAUUACAUAUAGCAAAGAGGACAGGGAAAGAAGACUGUACAUAACCAAAUACUUUCAAAACAAAUUUGCAUUACAACUCACUUUUUCCUCUAAAAAUAUUUAUUUUACAAGGUAAUUAAUUUCCUAGAACAAUUUUAAACCAAUUCAUGGUUUUGUAGCUAUUCCUUUUUCUAGAGAAAACAAAAUAAUAACAAAAAACCUCAGUGACUCCAAUACUCUAAAAAAUUCAAAAUUCUAUUUUAUUAAUGUCUUGCUACUAAUUUAACAAGGAAUCUGCUUUACCAAUUGUAGUUUUUGUUAGCAUUGAACUAAUAUAUGCCAAUGGAUCAAAUAGCAGAUAAAAAAUGGUGUAACUGAAUAUUUCAGCACCAAAAUCCAUUAAAAAAACCUCAGUUACCUGAUGUCAUCAUGGAAAAGUGAAUGUUAGGGCUUCUUUAGUAAGAACCUAUUUCAGGCCAUUCACUAGAAAUUAAGUAAUAGUUUUAUGUAAUCCAUGAUUUAAUCCCUCAAGAUUUCUAGAAUACCUGUAAAGCAAUACACCUUGCUUUUAUGGGCUCUUGCAAGAGACCUUAGAGCAUGUCCAUAUGAGAAGCUUCAGGUUUAUCUAUCUUCUAAAACAGUCUGUAUCAAAAGGGGACUACUGAAUACAUCACGUUUAGAAUAUGUAUGCACGCAUGCAUGCACACACAUACUUCUGAAUCUUUUUGGAGCAUUGUGUUCUAAAUCAAGUUAGCAUUUAUGAUGUGGAGUAAUGCAGAUAAAGAAGUAGCUCUCCUCUGGGCCCUUAAGAAACACAGGACACAGUGUGAGGUAUUAUAUCAAAUUAGAACCCCUACUGGGAACAUUAACCAAUUGAGUAGGUUUUACUGAAAGCAUUCGAACUAAAACUGGUAAAUGAAAAAUCAGUUACAUGGAGGUAAAUUCUGUGUCAGGUGUUCUAGCGAAAAUACAGAUAUUGUAUCUAGAUUCCCUUUAAAAUUUACCCCAAGGGUCAAACUAUUACAGAGCUGUUUUACCUGGCACAAUAGUCAUCUAAAUUGUGGUCUGUGGAAUUCUAAUUGAUGUUAUAGGUGCCAUGUAGCUUGGAUUGUUUCGAGUCUUUUAGCAUCAGGAGACUGCAUGUGUUGCUCCAUGAUGACUGUCGGUGUUGUAACAAAGCAGUGGUUUGCUUGCUGAUCUUCAGCAUUCAUUCAGAGUGAUGCCUGCAAGAACUAUAUGAAAUCCCCAAAUUCUAUUUUGUGGGUUUUAAUUUUCAAACAAAAGGUAUUUUUCCUUAGCACCAUGUAUCAUACAUUUUCCCUUUCCCAUAUAUCAUACAUUUUUCCCCAUUUUCCCCCUCAUACUAGCAAAGCAGGUAUUUGGAGCACAGCUGACAACAUUUUAUACCCUUGAGCACCCUUUUUGGUACUCAAAAGCCAAAUGAAGUCAUAUCCAGUUCUAAUAGGCCAUUUGCUUGAGCAAAGUGGAUUUGUAUAUAGUAUCAACUAGAAUAUGGCAUUAUCAUUCUUGCCAGAUAGACAGGCAGUCUGGGGGACAGCCUCAGGCUUCAAGACAAAUGAAUCUAAGGAUAAAUGAAAAGGUACUUUGGAGAAUACCCUCUUCAAGGACAUAGAUUUUAUUUGCCUUUCUGUUGAUUUUCUUUGGGCUCAAGAUUUUGGGCUAUAUUUUCUACCCAGAUUGGGCACAAGGGACUUUCAUGAAGAUAUACCAGUGAUUCUUAACCAGGCUGCCAGGGCACCCUGGGGUGCUGCCAGAUCUUUUGAAGGGUUCUGUGAUGUGUGAGGAGAUAAGUGAGGUAAUAGGUGAUAGGCAGAUAAACUAAGCAAAUAAGUGUUGUACCUGCCUGGACGAUCCCCCAUCCCCAGUGCCAGGCCCCUCUAGAUUACAAGCACUGUAAUCUAUAGAUUAGUUUUUAAAAUUGUGCACCACAAUUCACAAAAGAUAUGGAGGGGUGCUUCGAGUCCAGUGAGGGGUGCCUCCAGUCCAAUGAGGUUGAGAACCACUGACAUAGGCAAACAGCUUUGUUUUGGUGACGAUCCUAGACUUUCCAUGCAAUUAUAUCCCUCCAAGUUCCACUUUUUCUCAAGAAUGCUAAACACAGGCCAUGUCUACACGAGUUGUUACUGCACAGUCAUUUAGUACUUGCAUAUCCAAGUACUAAAUGAUUGCGCACUAACCAGCAUUACUGUGCAGUAGUGUCUCCGCUUGGCUUCCUGGUGACGCUGACUGUGCAGUAGCGUGCACAAGCUACUGUGCAGUAAGCGUCUCAUGUAGACAGUACAAUGUUGCUUUUUGCAAGCUGAAUUUGGAGAGGCAUUUGAAAGGUUGAUUAUUUCAUAUCUAGUUUUGAGCGGGACUCCUUUAAUUAGUUCCCAAAUACCUCUUUAUAUUAGAUUUUAUGUGGCAGCCAUUAUGUAGUCCAAACAACAAUGUUCUACCUUUUCAACAGGCAACCAGAAUAGCUCCUAAACUUCAGCAAAUUCCAUAGUUAAUAAAUCAAUUGAUAGUUGAACGCUACAUUAUAAACCUCUUUACAUUUAAUUUAAAUGCACAGCUCGGAGUGUCUUUAAGUACUGGCCAGGGACAAGAUGGGUAUCGAAGCUUGUAACUUUAUAGAUCUCUUAUUAAAUCAAAACGGAGUGAGGCCUUCCAACAAUCUCCAAUAUAGAAGGCAAAAUGAAAAGAAACCUCCCCUAUUGUCUUAACAUUUGUUGGAGAGAAAGUCUUGAGGCAAAGUGGUAUCUUUCCCUCAAUCCCAUGGAAGCCCUUCUAUACAAGGUCCGUGUAACUGGGUUUUGGGAGUAUGCAUGUUGUUGGCUUAGCCAUGAUGUGGCAGAGACUGGAAGGAGUAGGGCAGGGCUACUUUCUGCAGCAUUCUUCCCUCAGAAAAAUACACAAGAAUUUUCCCACCCACCAUAAUCCUCAAUUUCCCAUUCCCAAUCUUCAGGAAUAGGUUUUUGUUAUGUACAUUCAGGGAAGUAACAUGAUUACUUAGUUUGAUAUAUUGCCCUUAAAAUGCCUAAGGAACACCUUGGGCUUCCAAGCAUGUUUCAAGAUCCAUCAGGUCCCCAUAGUGUGUUUUAGUUAGGAGGGCCAUACCCUACCCUAAAACACCUUCUCCUACCCUAGAUCACCUUCCCCCAACAGGAGGGCCAGACACUGCACAGCCUCAAGGUCUUAGACUAUUAUGCAUAACUUCAGGCACCCUUUCUCUUGGAUCUUCCCUCUGUAGAAUCUUCCUUCUGCAUGCAGUGGGCCAAAGUUAGGCAUAUCCAUAAUAAAUACCAACUAAAAUGUGCAAAUAAUACAGGUUCUUUUGUUAGGCCAAAGCAGUGGCAAUGUGUAGGGGGUGCACGUGCACCCCCUGAGAGCACCGGUACCCCCCCGACUGGCUGUGUUCACUGCUUAGGUGACAGGCAGGGGGGCAGGCGGGAGCACCAAUGCCCCCCCCUCCCCCCCCCGGCAAGCACUGGCCAGAGAGUGGAGCACCAUGGCACUCCCAGAAGCGGCCUCAGCCACUUCCGGAAGUGGCCGCAGCAAUCGGCCACAGUGAUUGGCCGUCACAUGACUGGCUGCGGAGGGAAACCCCCAGUCAGUAAGAUUGGCUGAGGGGGGGACCCUCCCCAGUUGCUGACUAAUCCCUGGGGGUGGGGGUCAUGUGUCCCCCCUGACUAAAGCAGCACCAGUCACCCAUGGGCCAAAGUUAACCAUACACAAGAUAUUAUCCCUAUUAUACAGCCUCCUUUAGGGAAAAAUCACACAAUGAGCACUUACCACACUCUGGUUUCUUCUGCAAUACAGAAGAUUGCUUUAUUUGUAUGAAAGUUCAGUCAGUAACACAGGAUUAGACACUGUCAGGAACUGACUAAAAGUUAACUGAGGGAAUUUUAUCUGAGGAUAAGAAUAUAUUACACAGGCUUUUUAUUUUAAACAAGGCCAAAUAUGAUUACUGUUCCAUUAGACCAGUGGCUCCCAACCUCAGGUUGCGACCCAAAUCUGGGUCACAGUGGGGUCCUCCCCUCGCUCUACCCCUCCCACCUGCAGGGCUCUCGCAGCAUACGGUCCAUGCAGCUCUCACUGCUGCUGCCUCCCGUGAUCCCAGCCUGGCCCAAGCUCUGCUAGUACUACCGGGCAUAAGUGAGUCAGCAGCAGGGCGGGGGUCAUGACCCAGAUUUAGGGUUGCAGCAAAAAAAGGUUGGGAGCCACUGCAUUAGACCAUAAAUGACUUACAAACAAUAAUAUUUUCAUACAAUAUUGUUCAGAGCAUUUUUUACUAAUGGAUAAGCAUAUAAAAGAAAAGAAAGACCCUAAAUGUAUAUAACCAUCAAAUUCAUCUGAGUCUUUUAUUUUUCAACAUCAUUCCCUAUGGAGGCAUAAGGAAGAGUUCUGUUUCACUUUGCAAGUAUUCCAGUCUUGGGGAAAAAAAUAAAAGGAAGAAAACUGGAAUAUCUAGAAUAAUUUCACAGCAAGCAUAGGCUGGUCAUGCCAGAAUUUUCUGUCCAAAACUUUAACUGACAAUGUUCUAGUUAGAUUAAAAUUAGAGCUGUGAAACCCAAGGAAAACCUGUCUGGCAAGGAGAAGGUGCUCCAUUUCCAAAUGCAAACAAGCUCAGCAUGGUCAAGCUUUUUGAGCCUAAAAGGAAAGCAGCACUAACAUGGUGUGGUGUUAUUUUGAAAUGUCCCAGCAUUCACUUCAUCCUUCCUAAGCCAUUGCACAAUGGAAGCCAUUUUAACAUAGACAACAAUUUGGAGGUAGUGCUGAACAAUGCCAGGGAAAGUGUGGAAUGUGUUCAAUGGAUUAGUGACUUUGAGAAUCCACUUGAUCACAAAGCAUAUUGCUAUAGCAUACUGCAACAGGUCCAGCUCAUAGCCCCAGCCCAACAGAGCACUUGGUUACACAUGUCACUUUAAGCACAUUAGUAAUCCCAUUCACUUAAAACUAUUUUUACAUUUAAAUUACAAAAAUGCCUAUAUGCUUUUUGCUGAGUCAGAGCCCACCAGUACCAGCAGCCCCCAUAGACAAACUCUCCCACCAUUUAUUUUUUUAAAUCUUUAGAGUGCUUUCCUAUGCAAAUAAUUUCUAUAAACUAAUUCAAUACUUCACUCAGUCAGUAUCAAAUGGCACUACUCCUGUGUGUUUUUUUCCCUUUUGUUUUUAUAAAUACUGUACUUAUAUUGGGUAUGCUUCUAAAAUUAUCAGUCAUCUGCAUUUGUAAAUUAGAAACAGCACCUAUUCAUUGCAGUUCCAGUUCUGCAGACUGUCUACCCAGUAGGUCUUUGGUGAAUCUUUGACUAAUGGCAUCAACUGGAAAUUAACAGCUAAUCCAUCUGCCAUAGAUUACAUAUGGGCCCAGAGUCACACCACCCACACAGGUGAAUCCUUUUCUCACUGAGACUCUGACUGGUACAGGGCUUGCAUUUAUAGAUUCAUGGAUAUGAGCCUUCAGUUCAAAUUGUGACAGCAGAAGUGCAAGGAUAAACUCUUAUCCUGCCCUGGCUACUCUGAAAAGACCUUCCUAACAGGGGAUGCAGAGAAGUUCUACCAGUUUGCAAGAGCAUAAGGUGCAAGUUUCGGCCCACAUAUGUAUUUUUAUGGGUAUACCCCUGAUUCAGCAAUGGCCCCUGUACAGCAGCUACCCAGAAAAUAAGAGUGCAAUAACAUUGCUUCACAGGUAUCACAUGUGGCCAUUUCAACAAAUGCACUUCUUAGACUAGAGUUAGUUUCUUAUCAUUUGCAUUCUAAAAUUCUCACCUCUUUGUUUGGGGAGGGGGGAAGUCGAUCAUGAUUCUAGACCCUGUUUUGAAUUUUCCUGUUCCAAGAUAUUCAAAGGCCCUAAACCAGAUGUGAACUAAAUGGUUUGCAAGAUUUCAGAUGAUUUUUAAAUACAUUUUUGCACUAAUUUAGGAAAAAUGACAUUAUUUUAGAAAUCUCAAUGUGUAGGGGAUGCCUAAAAUAAAACGCCUCUCUCUCUCUCUCUCCUUUCUCUGAUCCCAAGCUGCAACAGAAUCCCAUUUCAUACUGUAGUUAAGAAACAAGUUGCUUUGGCCAAACCUUAAUGUCAGCAUGCAAUAUGAAUAACAAGAAUGCAGGAGGGUAUUCUGUGAAGAGUCCCCACAUCAGGCUGAAGAGUGAGACAUAUGGAGGGGCUAUUGCCCCACCUUCAGAACUAUGGUGGCCUUAACAAAUGGGCAAUGCAUACAAACUGCAUCACCAUUAGUUUAAUGUGCUUCAUAAUGAGCCCUCUGAGCACAUAGCUCAGCAAUAGCAUUGGGGACAGAUUUUCUCCUCAUAAAUGAUCCGAUGCAUACCUGGAGAAUGGAACAAAUGCAUUCUGCAGCAAGCCAGUCCCUCCAUCUUCAUGUAAUUUGCCCUCUGAAUGUAAACAAGCAUGUUAUUCCUGCUCCCUAGCUACUUCCAGCAACAGAAUUUCAGCACCACUUAACCAGUUAUUUAAAAAUAAAAAUCCGUAGAUAGUUGCAACUGGAUUGAGGGGCUUAGUGGCUCAAAAUCCAGGAUUGUUUUAGCUACCCAAGCAAUGGGACAACCAUUAUUUUUGGAACUAUGGGUCCUAAAACUUUCUUUAACAACAACUUAGUAGUAUCCAUCAACAUGAUGGCAUUCUCUGCAGCCCCAAAAGAUGUAUCCUCCUUGGUACUGGACAAAACUAAGGACAUUGGGGCAGAAACCUGUCCAGGCAUAUCUGCAGCCUUUCUGUGCCUGACUUUCUUCCAGCAGUAGUGUUCCCUCUCAGCCCCCAUAGGCUGGGCACUGAUUAACAGUGUAAUUUUAAAUAUACUUCUGGCCAGAAUUUAAGGAAGGUCAGUUCCUAUUUAGGCACCUAAAUGAAGAUGCUAUUGGAGCUGCUGCUUGUUGAGCUCUUUUUAAAUUCUGUCCAAAAAAUGGCCUUAGUCACCUUCCUCCUUUUCUAUUUGUUGAGUUCCACCCAUUCAUUAUUUUUAAGCCAGAAGUCAACCUCUCUCAGUGCUUUUGCUGUGCUGACUGACACUUCUUCAGGCCCAUUUGGGCUGUCUGCUUCAGUGCAGAAGUAUACCAUUACACUGAGUAAUAAGUGUGCUAGCAGCAGUUGCUCUGUCACACCUGGCUGCAGCAAUCAGAUAAAAAUCAGUCUGCUCAAAAAAGCAAGUGAGCCAGACACAAGCCCAAGUCACUAUGAGCUGCAGCAAGCCUGGGAGCUGCAAAGUAUUGCUUUUGCCCAAGUGUUACUCUCUGAAGCUCUCUGUCACCUUAAUUUAAUGGUGUUUGUGAGUCUGGAAGUCAAAUGACUAAGGUAGAUUGAUCAAUUGCACUUAUUGUUUCUACUCCAGUCCCUUUCAGUCAUUCUUUAUCAAAUUGUCCAAAGACCAAGAUUUUCAUGCAUCAAUAGCAGAAACAGAAAUCAAAAAUAUUGAUUUUCUGAUAGCUAAAUUAAUGCAAGUGACAGCAUGUCUAAAUGUCUUUCAAGAAUCCAAGGAAGAAAAUGUCUGUACAGUACUAAGGUGCACUCCCAGCCAACUUGACCAAGCCUGUGAGACUAAUUCUCCAUACAUGUAAGCAACUUAAAAUAUCUCCUUUAUGCCUUUGUUUCUGAAAAAAGAAAUCCCUGUCCACAGACAUACCUUAUGGGGCAGGCAGAUAGGAUGUGAUUUGUUAAUUAGAGAAGCAUACAGUUAUAUACCACAAAGGUACACAAAAAUGGCAUGCUGGCAUUCCAUAUGCAAUUCUUGUGCUAGGGCAUGCAAAUGAAAUCCUUUUGGCUACAAAUUUCCACAGGUGGUUGCUAAUAUAUUUACCUGCUUUGCACUCAUAAAUUCAGCAUCAACAGCUUAUGCAAGUGCAAACGUGCACGUGCUAACACUUGCACUUACCGCUUAAGAUUUUUUUUUCACUUUACUGACUGCAAAGACGUGGAGGGCCGGUCAUACAAAUAUUAACAUUUGCUGAUGUUAGAGAACCACAAAUGUCUGUUCGUAGAAAAUCUGGGGGAUAAGAUACUGCACACAGAAAGGUAGACGCUGUGCCAAGGUAUAGGUUAAAAGAACAUUAAGAGUUAUAUAGAUAAGAGCUUGGCAUUGGUCAUACCCCAUGUAUAUACAACAUAGCAUACUAUAAGUUAGGGGUGGCCAACCUGCAACAUAUAUGCCACAAGUUGCAUAGCCUGCCUCUGCAUGUGGCACAUGGCAGAUUGGGGAGGGGGUGGACAGCACAGUGGCAGAUAGGGCAAGGGGACGAAAGGAAAGCAGCAGAUCAAAAGGGAGCACAGAGCAGAGCAGAGCAGAAAGCACAGAGGCAGAUCAGUCAGGGAAAGAGGAUCAGAGAGGCACUCUGUGAGGGUGCAGGGCUUAAUUUAUAGCACACAUGCCAAAAAGGUCAGUGCCCACUACUAUAAAUUAAAUGCAAAAACAUUCCAUCAAUACUCUCUUUGGCUAUGUUCAUUCCCUUUUACGGUUUCGCUUUUUGUGAACUUUCAUGUUUUUGUGAACUUUCAUGUAUUUAAGCCAAACAGCCACAAAUGCUUCCAGAAAGUUUUGAGUGAGUUUUCAUAAGACAAAAUUUUAAAUUUGUACACAUACCACCUUUGUGCCAGAAGUAUUUGACUACUGUCCAGCCAGUCAACAGAAACAAUGUGCUAUGAUGAUUUAUCUGGCCUAUCACAAAAGAACAAUAUAACUUGAAUGGCAAAUAUCACAUAUUUACAGAGAAUUGGUAAAAAACCAAUCUACAGACCAAAUGCAGUAUCCUCAAAUAUAGUUACUAUAUGAAAGCAAUUUGUUAUUUCAAUAAAAAGUGUUUAUAUCGCUGGAUAAAUUAUGUAUUGAUAACUAUAUAACCAAUUAACUUAUAAACACAAACACUUAGUAUGUACAUAUCCAUGUGCAUCUGCACACACACAGUAUAAUAUUAAAUGUUAAAUAUAUUUCAUCCCAUAUUCCCAACUCAAUUUAUACCCAUAAUAAUAAGAGAUGAAAAAAGCCAGUAUGACAACACAGCACUGAGUGUUAGUAGGGAAAUCUGCCUUUGUGGCAUUGAAAGUAGUGAUGAAUUGGCAAAGGGCAAGCAAUAGGGAAGCUAUUAAGGCAUUUAGGGAAAGAGAACCUGGCUGCACAUCCAGAAUUGUUAAGGAAGAAAAAAUAUGUAGUGGUUACUGUGUCAUAAGAAUGAGACAAAAACUGUAAAAUUUGCUGAGUAAGAAAGAGAAAGGAGGCCUUGGUGAAUAUAGGGAAAAGAACUCAAGUGUGUGUAUGUGUGUGUGCUCACGUGUGCGCGCAUACAUGCGCACACACAUGUGCAUGUGUGUAUGUAUGUGCAUGUGUAAGAUUUGCAGCUGAACAUCUGUUAAGAAUACCUACCAAAACUUAUGCAAGGUCAAAUAAAAAGUACCCAGAUUUUGAUAGAUGGGUUAUAAUUCCAUCUCUGAGUAUUACAACAAAAGGGAACCAUCAUUCAGGAUCUAAACCUAGAUCAAGUAUUAAUUCUGGAGAACACAAUGCAAAACACCUUUGUUAGUACUUAAAGCAUCAUUUUGAUCAUUAAUCACUGACCAAAUAUUCCCCUUCAAAUAUCAGCAAACUGAUCUAGUAAAAAAAAUGAUUACGUGUCUUUUAAAAGUCCCCUCUUGCUGGGAUUCAUACAUUUGAACAACAGAUCCUUUUUCUUUUUUGAAAAAAGCUACAUCUUUCCUGUCAAAUGCUUGUGUGCUUGGAUGAGGGGUUUUUCUCUGUUUUUUAAAGAUAUGAUGAAUCACUUUUUCUGACCAAAGUGAGCCCCUUAGACACAUUACCCAUUUCAGGAAGUGAAAACUCAUUCCAGUUGUCUUAAUAUGACUCAUAAGUCAAGAUCAUCUGCAAUUGAAUAUCUCUUUUUCUUCUCUCAAUGUGUUAUUUAUUUGAUCAGGUUGUAAAUCGCCCCAGCAUAGCCUAGUUGCAGGGCUACAUAAUUCAACAUAUACCUCUAGCUUUGAGAGGUAGGGCACUGCUGAAUCUUUUCACUCUGGCUGCCUCCUAAUCUCAAUACUGUUUCUGUUUAUUAACCCCCUUGCUCAGAGCUAUAUCUUCUGAUAGUUUAACAUGGUCUUAUUAGGAAAGUACUUACUGUAACUAUCACAGAAAAAUCAAAGUCACUGCUACUUCAACACCUCUGGUGAUGCUUUGGAUUAGAGAGCUGAUAGCUGGUUUUGAAAUUUUGUCCUAGUGCAAAACCAUCUAAAGUUCUUUUUAAAAUCAGAUGACAAAGGGAUACUGUUUUUAUAUCACAAGUGUAUGGAGGAUUUCACUGUUGGAUAAACAGAGGUGAUUGGGAAGAGAGACACACUCUUAUGGAUGAAGAGCCAUUGAGUCCUAUAUAAACAAGAAUGGCAAUUGUGAGAUACUUCUGUUGAUCCUGCAUACUUAAGAAUUUCUGUUUAUUUUUCUUCAUGCAGGAAAAUGGACAAAGAAAGUAUGGUGCUAUUGAUAUUAUUGCUUUUGUAAGAGAUUUCAGAAUUGCAAAAAGGACUAGUUAAGCUGCUAGAAUAUAUUUGUCUUCCUGGUGAAUGUCUCACAAGCUAAGAUGCUCAAUUUAGCACAAUGGAUGAAAUAAGAAAAUUAGGGAGAAGUGUUGCAUGGAAAGAUGUAAUAAACUCACAUUUGAAAUAGGUAUCUAGCAGGAAAGGAAAGUGAAGUAAAGAUGAAAAGGGAAAUCAGGAAAGAAAUACCUAGAUUCAUUUUAAAGACUGUAAAAGAGUUUGAUAUAAAAAUCAUGUAUAGACAAACAGGCGCAUGUACUCACAGCCCCUGAAGAAAUCUUAAGGUGGUCUGUUCCAUUAGCUUGCUGAAUACAGGAUAAGAAUUUUAUAUUUUAUUGAUUUGUGCAGCCUGUGCCAAGGAGACAGAGAAAUAUGAAAAAUAACCAAGACAAUACUGAAAUAUAUAACUCUGGACAAGAUCUGUUCCCUCUGUUGUGUAUCUAAGUGGGUAUAGAUACUUAAAUGGAUCCUAUUUUAUCCUGUUCAAGUCCCUGAAAGUCCAUUAAGGCAUCUUCUUUGUGAACUCACCACAAUUUGACCUUUAAGAGUUAAUCCCCAAAAAAGCAGCAAGGAGAAGGAGGAGGACCAACCACGUUCUGCAUCAUCUGUUUUUCCAGAAUGUGAACAGGGUGGAAUAGAAUUGCAGUUAGGCCUGAAGCUCACUUAUGCAUGUACUGAUGGAAGAGAAUCUAGUCCUUUAUCCGUAACUAAAUAAAGCUAAAGUGGGAAAAUGUACAAGUAAAUAUAUUUAAAAUAAAAAAGCAAGACCUACAUCUAACUCAGUGCAUCUCCACUAUUACUAGAGUUAUGAAUAUUUACACAUGGUGAAAAUUUGGCCCAAAACAUUCUAAAACUUAUUUCUUCCUCCACUUCUUUAUCAAGGGUCAAAUUAAGGGGUAUUAAUUCCCCUGCCCUCCAAGAGGCAGAACAGACUGGUUGGGCCAGACAACAGUCCUUUUAAGGACUUGGUUGAGGCCAUUAGAUGGUUCAAAGAGAAACCACCUAUAUCCAGGUCCUCACAGCCAGAAGUCUGUAGUUAAUCUUUUAUUAAAAAGGAAACUAUUUUUAAAAGUGCUCUUAAAAUAUAUAUAUGAAAACUGACUGACAAUUUUCUUAAGUUUUACAAUCUUUUAUAUAAGCCACAAACACAAGUAGUGCAGCUGCACUGGAUGCCUUCACUUCUCUAGCAUUUGAUGGCCCUUUAGCUUCUUGCCUAACAACUCACCCUAGCUCCAUGCAAGAGGUUUUUCCCCAGGUAUUUGAUGAAAUAAGUUUUAUUCAUGAAUAAGAAAGUCUUUUUUCUGCAUGAAGUUAGUGCAUUUGUGCCACAAGCACAUAUCCAUCAGCUUUACACACACACACACACACACACACACACACACACACACACACACAUGUGCACGCGCACACACACACACACACACUGGACUUGUGCAUUCAUUUGGAAAUAAGUUGUCAGCAGCAGGCAGAGAAUAGGAGCUUGCAAAAAGCAAAUAUUAAAAACAAGUCCAGAUUUGAAAAAUUACUUCUCAUUUUAGAUGCUUGUUUCUAGUGUCUCCCUUCACAUACCUAUGGCCCCAUUUUCAAAGAUGCCAAACAUCCACAACUCCAUUUAUAGUCACUGAGUACUGCAGGCAAAGGUGUGCCAGGGCAGCGCCAAGCCUUGGGCAGUGCUGGCUGCAGCAGUGCCAAUGGCAGUGGCAUGACCAGCCACUGCUACAGUGGCAGCUAUUUUUGUGACCCCUUGUUUUCCCCCUAAAGACAGCGCUGUCCCAGUCACUCCCCUCCCCACCUCAGUCAUGCUACUAACAACAGUCUUAUAGGUCUUCUGAAAAAUCAUCAUGCCAUGACAAAGUUGAGUACAACUACUUCUGUGAAAACAUUUUUCCACCCAAUAGAAAAUAUAAAUGAAAACAAAAUGGCUUUCUUUCAAAUUUUCAGCAGAAAAAAUUAUUUUUUUCAUUAAAGAAAUUAAAACAGAUGGGGGAGAUCUUCAUUUUUUCUGAUGAAGAAAUAACAUAAGAUCUGAGGAGUCUGACACUUCCUAUAAAAAGAAGCACAUAGGGAAUCAUUUUGUUGAAAAUCCAAUUUUCUAUUAAAAAAAAAAACUGCAAAGGGAAAAAAGUGGCCAAUACUACUGAGUGCCACAAACUUGAAGCACAUAGAAGCAGUGGAAAUGGCUUUGGCCAAAACAUCUUAUAAACACCCAGGAGUGAUGAGUCCAUAACCUAAAAGGUGUGUCAGUGUUUCAGCCCUGUCCAUGGAGCAAGUUGAUUGUGUUGUGCACAGAUAUCAAGGCACCUGGGGAUCAGUGUCUGGAUAUAAUUGUCCUAAGUAACAAGCUCUAAAGUGGAAUCUAGUACUGUGGUAAGAAGGAUAGAUAUUGGGCUGGUUUCAAAAUGCUGCUGAAAGGAAGCAAAGCCAUCAACCCCAAAUCUAUCAUGAGGGAAAAAUGGGCAGAGGCAAAAGGAAAACAGCAGUACCUGUCAGGAAAGAAAUGGCCCACAGCAAAAGCAAUUACUUGGUGUGAAUGUGGCAAGAGACUUGAAAGUAAUCUCCUAAAUACCCAAUAAAUCUGGUUUAUAGCUUCCUCUAUCCCUCCGUAAGGAAGGAAUCUAGCUAUUUUAAAUCUGGACUGUACCAUAUGUUAUGAAACUCUUCCUUGUGCAAAAAAGGACAGGGAAAAAUGUUAAGAAUUUUAAAUGCUCUUAUAGCUAUUUACUUCCUGCUACAUCGCUUUCACUAAACUGACCCAACAUAUGCACAUUCUCUCACAAACUCGUAUACACUUGCUUUCAGACUUGUCUGCUUUAGAUACCACUUCUUUUUAUGAGACCAUACAAAUCAUCAAACACAUGAACCAUACCUAGGUGACCAAUCACUGGUGCCAAAUCAAAAAUGGCAAAAACUGAUUGCUGAAGAAGCACCUGCUCAAAACAGUUAUUAAACAUCCCGUAGGUUCCCCAUUUGUUCAACAAAUAACUUAAGUGAAUAAUGAAGAAGGAUGAACAGGUCUGUAAAACUCAGAAUCUAUUUGUGCAGAAGUUAUUUUAACAAAACAGCCAAAAUGCAAUGAAUAGACUAUUCAGAACAAAUUGUUUCACAAGCUUAAUUGUAACGAUAAUGUAUCUCUAUUCAGGUCCCCCUAAAAGGGAUUAUGCCCAGAUGCAUUGAAUAUAAAUUCUAAGAGAAACACAGCAGCAACAUAUGACUGAAAUGUAUCUGUACAGCCUUGGCAGUUGACCUUCCUGGCUGAGAAUAAUGAGCAUUUUGGAGAACCAGUAUAUGGCUGAUCAUAUUUUUAUACCCACAAAAAUGUGCUCCAACUCUUUAAGAGUGCCAAAAGUAAAUAUCAGCCACACAAGGCUUGUCCAUUAACAUGCUUCCACUGAGCAUGAAAAAACAGAACAGGUAGCUGAGGA